CUGUAUCCAGAAGCCGAUCAAAGGCCCAAAUGCCUCGGCGAUUGGGCAUCGCAACGAAGCCCCUCCACGUCGACGUCGUGCGAUUCGUCUCCGCAGCAAGAGACGCAUCCCCUAUUCCGAUGCAAUCCACUCAGACCAGAUGACAUUUCCUCUCCAUGUACCUCCGACGGAACAUUCCCUCUUAUCCGAGCUACAACAUUCCAUGGAGGACUCAGUUCGGGUAUGGCUGUGAAGAAGCGCCGCUCUUCAAGUUCUCCGGAUGAGCCGCGUUACCGCGAGAAGGUUCCUCAUUUGGAAGAAAGAACCUCUUAUGCUCAAUGUAGUGAUCCCCUGAUGGAGCCGUCAACGUCAGCGGGCCCCGUUUUUUACGAUGACGAGCCAUCGGGAACUGGCGCCGGACGGAAAGAUGUGAACCUGACUGCUGAAUUAUUUUGGUUGAAAACUCAGCUCUCGGAACAUUGGUCGAUGAAGUGGCUCUGGCAGGUAGGACCUGGUUUUCACAUCUCUCAUUCUAUCAUUGAUUUUUCACAACAGCCGUCGAUUGGCUCGUAUUUCUCCAUAGAUCAGGCGAUGUUUUCACGUCCAAUCAACACGGGGGGUUGUUAUUGCGGCGAUUUGAUCCAACCAAAAACUGUCCUUGUUUCGAUUACACAGGCUAACUUUUAUAACGAAAACGCGAAUACCGCCUGCCUUGAUGACUUCGAUCGCAUCAAAACGCUGGGAACCGGCUCAUUCGGAAGGGUGAUGCUUGUGAAGCAUAAACAGUCUGGCAGCUAUUAUGCAAUGAAAAUUUUAGAUAAGCAAAAGGUUGUGAAACUGAAACAAGUGGAGCACACGCUGAACGAGAAACGAAUUCUUCAGGCAAUCGAUUUUCCAUUUCUCGUCAAUAUGCAGUACUCCUUCAAGGUGAGCUUGGCCACAUUUUUUGUCCCUUUUUCCUGGGUUCUAGCGACUCCCAAGCACGUCCCCCCCUUUCGUCGCACACACACUGUCACGCGGAAAUGUGCCCUUUUCUGUCAAAACAUUGAAAUGCUUUUCAUAUUUCGUUUUGAUUACUGUGGCCCUUUUCAAUUAGGAUUUCAAAGCUCACGGGGUUGA